UACCCUCCCGUGCAAUCGAGUGAGACGAUUUAGCCGUUUUAGACAACGAUCCGCUCCGCGGAAAUUCGACACAAAAGGACGUCCCUUGUGAUCGUGUGUACGACAGUAGCACACAUACAAUUUUUAUGAGUCAACUAAAUUCAGCCAACAAGAUGAAUCUGUCGUUCGCCGGCUGUGGAUUCCUGGGCAUCUACCAUGUCGGCGUGGCGGUGGCAUUCAAGAAGUACGCCCCGCACCUGUUGCUGCAUCGCAUUAGUGGCGCUUCCGCCGGAUCCUUAGCGGCCUGCUGUUUGCUGUGCGACAUGCCACUAGGUGAAAUGACGUCGGAUUUCUUCCGGGUGGUAAACGAAGCCCGCUCGCACUCGCUCGGACCGUUCAGCCCACGAUUCAACAUCCAAACGUGCCUGCUGGAAGGGCUACAGAAGUUCCUGCCGCCCGAUGCGCACGAGCGCGUCAACGGAAAGCUGCACAUCUCGCUGACCCGCGUGUACGAUGGCAAGAACGUGAUCGUGUCGCAGUUUAACAGCCGCGAGGAUCUGCUUCAGGCCCUCUUGUGCGCGUGCUUUAUUCCGGUGUUCUCUGGCUUGCUUCCGCCCCGCUUCCACGGCGUUCGGUACAUGGAUGGUGCGUUCUCGGACAACUUGCCAACACUGGACGAAAACACGGUCACCGUCAGCCCUUUCUGUGGCGAGAGCGAUAUCUGCCCGCGUGAUAACAGCUCCCAGAUGUUCCACGUAAACUGGGCCAACACCAGCAUUGAGCUGUCGAAGGAAAACAUCAACCGCUUCGGGCGCAUCCUGUUCCCACCGAAACCGGAGAUCCUAUCGUCCUUCUGCCAGCAGGGCUUCGACGAUGCGUUAAACUUCCUGCACCGAAACAAUCUGAUCAGCUGCACGCGCUGCCUCGCUGUUCAGUCGACGUUCGUCGUGGCCGAGCAGCCAUCGUCGAACCUGGAGGAGAAGAUCCUGGAGGAGUACGAUCCGGAGUGUAGCGAGUGCAAGGAGUGUACGCAGCAUCGUAACAACGCCCUCGUGGGCAGUAUGCCCGACAACGUGCUUACCGUAUUCCAAACGUACAUCGAGCAGGCGAACAAGGGACUUAUCAACUGGGUAUUCCGGCACCGGGGUGGCAAACUGCUGACGGCUCUUUCGCUUCCGGCAACCCUACCGGCCGACAUUGUCUGUGCCACGCUGACGAAGCUCAUGGGUGCAGCUCCAUCGAUAGGAAAACAACUUUGGGCCGUCAGUGAGUUUGUGCUGAAGAACCUCAGCACCAUGCUGCUGAAGGUGCGUCGGCGACAAAAGCAACAACUGACCGCCAACUUGCAAUGCCAGAUCGCCCUGACCGAGUACAAUCAAAGUGCGACGCAGCAGCAGCAUCACCACAGUCACCGUAGUUCGAUCAUCGAUAUGCGAAUGGAAGAAGGCAAAUCUUUCGGCAAGGAGAUGACCCCAAGCUACUCGGGCCAUCAUUCGGUGGUCGGUGAUAUUGAUGCGUUCGAUCACAUACUGCAGGUGUCCUCCAAUCAUGACGCAAUGUACGCCUACUAUUACAUGGACGAAGACAAUAAGGUCAAGGUGACGGAGAUUUUCGACAUGAGCGAGAGUGACAACCCGGCCAUACAGACGGCCAACGAGCGGGAGCUCAAUCAGCAGCUGGAGUUCGAUACCGACUGGGAAACAACACAGCCAGAUUUCCUCUACACCAACUCGUACGAUGGAGACAAUAUGAUCGACAUCGAGGAGUUUAUCGAUCCCAGCAUAUUUAUGAAUGGCACCCAUCAUCAUCAUUUGAACAACAACAAUAAUAACAACAAUAACAACAACGGAAUUCAAUCGACGCAGUAUCCGGUCAACGCGUGGGAAUAUUCGCAGGUCCAGAUCGAGGAGCUUCCGAGUGACUUCAACGAUCCCUCGCUAGAACCAGAAGCAGACCAGCAGACAAGCCUUAUGUCGGAAUCGGCCACGUUGCUCCUGAGCAAGCCUCCCUCGUCGUACUCGAUCGAGAUGUAGUUGCGUUGCAACCGCAAAAUGGAACUGGACGAGCUCACAAACGAAACCAGUACACGGAACAUGACGAUGACGGCGACUCAGUGGCCUCUAUCCCGACGCCGACGUUUUACCGGAAUGAUAUUACCAUAUUGACCUGCAACCAAAGUUACCUUCUUAGAGCAAGCAGCAGCUGCGCAUGCAUGAUAGCGUACGCUUCAAAAGCGACAUGCGGACAUGUCAACCACCCGAUAGGUGGUUGUUGUGAUGCCGUGCUGGUCCCCGAUGGGCACCUGAAAAAGGGGGUUCAAACGAUGAACACAUGGCGGUUCGGUAGAGACUCCAUUCGAGGACUCAUGGGCAGGAACCUGAAAAGUUAAAAAGACGGCAGCUACUUGUUUAUCUUUCGAAGAAAAGGUUGAAUCGGAUCUGAGUUAGACUCACUCACAGCGAUUGCGACCGUACACGAAAGAAGGGGUUUGCAGAGACAAUCCAAAAGAGCAUUCCUGCAAUUUUGUUUGGCAUUGAUAUGAAAAGUGAGACCCUGCACACACCGGAUUUGAUUUUUGAAACGUUUUAAAGCGGAAUCUGAAACAGAGUAAAACCGAUAGUCAGUAGUAGGGGAAACAUGUUUAAUUUUAUUUGCAAUGACCGGAGGUUGUGUACGGGGUUAGUUUUUUCUUUCAAGAAUACAGCGACUGGUCUGUUUCUUAUUUUUCUCUCACUAUCUCUCUCUAUGGCUCUGUUUUAUUCUUAUGAUUAAUUUUGAACAUUUUUAUAUAUAUUUUCCUAAAUGUGUAUUUUCUUGAUUUUUGAAACCAAUGUAGCCAAUGAACAAUGGAGGCGAUUUAUUAACGGAUGUGAUCUACAAUGCAAAUAACAAAACAAAACCAUUUGGAAGGUAUUUUCUCCUUCCCAGUAGGAUUUAGCUAUAGUUCCCCACUCCCUUCUCGUUCCCCCCCAUUCUAUCCCUCGUGCUAAGAAACUUGUAUGUCGUAACGGUUGGAGACGCGUGUACAUUUAAAUAACGGUGAUCAAUAGAAGCUAGCGAAUAAGAUGUCUUUUUCAAUGGCUGUGCAAUAGGAGGAGAAAGUAAUUAUGUGUGUGUGUGUUUUGUGAGGCUUUUUUGUGUGUAUAUCGAUGGCCAAGGACGUGCUACCUGAAAAACGAGAAUUGUGUUCAAAGAGAGAAUAAGUAGUAGAAUGUGAAGAAAAGACGGUGAUCAUUUUAAUUAGCUAGGCAUUUUCUUCCAGGCGGCUCACUGCCACGAGAAAGUUCUUAAAGUUAGGAAAAUGAAUUGCUGACCAAGAGGAGGGGUAAGAAAAUGGGGAUGAGUAUGAGUUAGGGAGAGGAUUAUCGCAACAACCGUUGCCUGAUCAGAUUAUCAGUAGUUGUAGGGAAAGUUUAUUAUUUAUAAAUGAUUUAAAUGAGAUAAAUAAAGAAAUAUAAGAACGACAAA